AUCAAAAACGAAAAAAAAAUCCAAAAUCCAACAACCAUUUAAAAAACAAACAUUCAUGGUCAUGCUUUAAGUGAUAUGGUUAAAAAAAAAAAUUCAGCUUUAUAUACCAUAGUUUUCAUUACCAUCUAAAGCAUACUAUAAUUUUAAUUUGGAUAGAUUUUAAGAGAUAAUUUAUGGUUGAACGUUACUUUCUGAAUUUACGAGUAGACAGCGAGACACGGUCCUUUUUACUUUUUAGCCUCAAAGUUAAUAUAUCCCAAGCAGUGCCUCAUUGCUGAAGCUGAACUACACAUUGCUCUGCUUUUGCGUGGCUUCUUCCUUGUCCAGUCUUCUUAUUCUUCUUCGAUGGAGUCUCCAUAUUUUUAUCUGUUGAAGAAACUCACUAGGACCUUCUUCCUAAUCACUUUGCUAACCACAGUCAUAAGCUCACAAGUACAACAGUGUCGGAAGUUCAAAUCUAUCAUCAGCUUCGGAGAUUCCAUUACCGACACUGGAAACUUGCUCGGUCUCUCCGACGCUGACAAUCUUCCUCACUCCGCAUUUCCACCGUACGGUGAAACCUUCUUCCACUUCCCCACCGGUCGUUUCUCCAAUGGUCGCCUCAUCAUCGACUUCAUCGCUGAAUUCUUGGGGCUUCCGUAUCUGCCUCCCUUCUACGGAUCUCAAAAUGCAAGCUUUGAGAAAGGGGUUAAUUUCGCUGUAGCGGGUGCAACAGCAUUGGAUCAAACAGUUCUUGAGAGCAGAGGAAUUUAUUAUGAUUACACCAAUGUUAGUUUAGGAGUUCAGUUUAAGAACUUCAAGGAGAGUUUACCAAAUAUAUGUGGUUCACCUGCAGAUUGCAGAGAAAUGAUUGGAACUGCUCUGCUUAUCGUUGGAGAGAUUGGAGGGAACGAUUAUAACUACGGGUUCUUGGUUGGUAAAACAGUCGAGGAGCUAAAAGAGUUGGUUCCGUUAGUGAUCAGUUCUAUUUCUUUUAUGAUUACGGAGUUGGUCAAGAUGGGAGGCAAAACCAUCAUGGUGCCUGCGGACUUCCCAAUAGGAUGCUGGACAGCGUUUCUAACAGAGUAUCGGAUAUCAAACAAUGAAGAAUACGAUCCUUUAACCGGAUGUUUGAAGUGGCUAAACGAGUUUAUAGAAUACCACAACAAGGAGCUUCAGGAAGAACUCAACAGAGUACAAAAAAUCUACCCUCAUGUUACAAUCAUAUACGCUGAUUACUACAAUGCCUUGUUACGUAUUUUCCAAGAACCGGCCAAAUUCGGGUUCACGAGCGGACGACCCUUGUCAGCUUUUUGUGGAACAGGAGGACCAUACAACUUCAAUAGUAUGAGUUGGUGUGGGACUAAAAAAGUGGAUAGUUGUAGUGAUCCUUCCAAGUACGUGCAUUGGGAUGGUUUUCAUUUGACCGAGUCUGCAUACCGAUGGAUCGCUAUGGGCUUCCUCAAGGGUCCUUACACAAUUCCUGCUUACGACUGGUCUUGCCCCGGUUUUGAAAUCAACAACGGACCAGCAGCAGUCUCCACCACGACGACGAUGACGAGCUCCUUCAACAAUGGAGGACUGCAACAAUCCUCAGUCUCUACUCUUUAAUUGCAUCGCUUAAAGCAAAA